AUGCCAGUGAUCCAAGCGGAGAAAACAACAGAAAUCCCCAAUUUGACCACAGAAGAGUAUGUCGGAGUGCGUUUAGUUGGUGGAAACAGUUAUCGUGAAGGACGAGUAAUGGUCUACUACGACGGACGCUGGGGAACAAUAUGUGACCACAAGUUUGAUGAUAAUGAUGCUCGAGUUGUAUGCCGCAUGCUUGGAUUCGGUGACCGAUACGCCAAGGCUUAUGGCGGCGCCUGUUUUGGUGAAGGCAGCGGCAAGAUCUGGCUGAAUCACCUGCACUGUCAAGGGACUGAAUCCUCCAUAGCGCAGUGCUAUAAGCGAUACGGCUGGGGUAAUACCCACUGCUCACAUAGCGAGGACGUCGGGGUAUCUUGUGGCUUUUCAUACAGACGUUCCUGCACCAACUACAAUUACACUUCGAUUAAUCAUUCGCCAAUCUUAUCUUUACUCUACCAUUGUCCACCCCCAGGUGGUCCUCCAACUGCACAAGUUGAGACGACAACAACAUACGAUCCUUGUUCUUCCCGACCAUGUUAUUAUGGAGGCACGUGUGUCCCACAAAGAUCGUAUUACUGGCCUUAUAACUAUGUGGACUACAAUUGCACCUGUCCCUGGGCUAGAUACGGGAAGAGAUGUGAAUAUUAUGUGGAUAUUCCAGUUCGUUUAGUUGGAGGCUACAGCAACAGAGAGGGACGUGUGGAGGUUUACUACAAUGGUCGCUGGGGGACUGUGUGUGACGACAACUUUGACUCUAAUGACGCUAGGGUCAUAUGUCGCAUGCUUGGAUUUGGCGAUCGGUAUGCACGCUCGUACGGUGGUGCUUGCUAUGGUGCUGGCAGUGGACCAAUAUGGCUAGAUCUUAAAUGCAGCGGCUCGGAGUAUUCCAUUGCCAAUUGCAACUACACUGGCUGGGGCAUAAACUAUUGUGGCCAUCAGGAAGAUGCUGCGGUGUCUUGUGGAUACUCCUACUCUCGAAGCUGCCCAGGUUCUUCUCAAUACGGUCGACAAACUACUGAAAAUCCUACCACUGAGACGACUUCUGCAUACGACCCCUGUUCCCGUAACCCCUGCCAAUAUGGCGGCACAUGUGUACGUACCAGCAGUUACUAUUGGCCGUACACUGGCUACAGAUGUAACUGUCCUUACUACCGUACUGGACAAAAGUGCGAGUACAGCGCUUACGGAUACCCAGAAACCACGGCGACAAACGAAAUCACAACUGCUACCCAGGAAACAACUACAUACGACCCCUGUUCCCGUAACCCCUGCCAAUAUGGCGGUACAUGUAUACGUACCAACAGUUACUAUUGGCCGUACACUGGCUACAGAUGUAACUGUCCUUACUACCGUACUGGGCAAAAGUGCGAGUACGGCGCCUACGGAUACCAAACAACAGAAAUCCCCAAUUUGACGACAGUAGAAUAUGUCAGAGUGCGUUUAGUUGGUGGAAACAGUUAUCGUGAAGGGCGAGUAAUGGUCUACUACGAUGGACGCUGGGGAACAAUAUGUGACCACGAUUUUGAUGAUAAUGAUGCUCGAGUUGUAUGCCGCAUGCUUGGACACGGUGACCGCUACGCUAAGGCUUAUGGCGGCGCCUGCUUUGGUGAAGGUAGCGGCAAGAUAUGGCUGAAUCAUCUGCACUGUCAAGGGACCGAAUCAUCCCUAGCUCAGUGCUAUAAGGGAUACGGCUGGGGUAACACCCACUGCUCACAUAGCGAGGACGUCGGAGUAUCUUGUGGCUUUUCGUACAGACGUUCCUGUACCAACUACAAUUACACUACGAGUUGGCCAACUACAGAAAGCACUACAAAAGCAACGGCGCCUCCACUGACAGACCCUUGCUCGAACAAUCCAUGUUACAAUGGAGGUACAUGUGUCCCUCAAAGAUCUUAUUACUGGCCUUAUAACUUUGUGGACUACAACUGUACAUGUCCAUGGGAUAGAUACGGGAAGAGAUGUGAAUAUUACGGGUGGCCAACUACCGAAAGCCCCACAACAGAAUCGGUAACACCAACCGUCCCAGUUCGUUUAGUUGGAGGCUACAGCAACAGAGAGGGACGUGUGGAGGUGUACUACAAUGGUCGCUGGGGCACUGUGUGUGACGACAACUUUGACGAUAAUGACGCUAGGGUCAUAUGUCGCAUGCUUGGAUUUGGCGAUCGUUAUGCAAAGGCAUACCAGUCUGCCUGCUAUGGCCUGGGCAAUGGGCAGAUUUGGCUGGAUGAUGUCCGUUGCAGUGGAGGAGAACAUUCGAUAUCAGCAUGUGGUCACUAUGGUUGGGGUAGGCACGACUGCAGUCAUUCUGAAGAUGCCGGGGUGUCUUGUGGGUACUCCUACACUCGAAGCUGCCCGGGAUCUUCUCAGUAUGGUACCACUGAGGCAUCCGAAACUACUUCUUCAAGCUAUGAUCCUUGCUCUUCCUACCCAUGUUAUUACGGAGGCACGUGUGUCCCAAAAAGAUGUUAUUACUGACCCUAUGACUAUGUGGACUACAAUUGCACAUGUCCGGGUCUAAUACCUUAAUUAUUGA